AUGCACACUUUCGAAAGCAGCGAACGCGACUCGAUCACUAUUCCCAGCAAAGGAACUCUGAAUCUCUCACAUAAUACAUCGAAAAUAACUGUAAUGAACAACACCUUGUCUGAUUAUAUCUGCACGAGUAUGGAUGAUCAAAACGUGCUUCCCAAUAGUCCGCUCCAAGUCAACAUCUCCUCACAAAUUCUCGAUAUCAUCUUUGAGUAUGCUCUCAACAAAUUUGACGAUUCGGAAUAUCGAAUGGCAGCGGGAACAGCAAAGUUCCUAUCUAUCAUCGAUCAGUUUGUCUUGGCAGGAAAGCGAGUGGAGACUUGUUUGCCGGCGUUCCCAUUCAAGUCAGCCAACAAGGUCUACAAAGUACUUGGUCCCCUCCCAGACAAAGCCGAAGAACUGGCACUCGAGCGACUAAACUCCAUGUGCGCGAGAAUAGAACAGAUAUAUAAACCAGGUGCAAAGGUCACCAUUAUCUCUGACGGUAUCACAUACAAUGAUUGCGAGACUUGGAGAUACGGCGAGGCUUUACGAAGAAUGGCUGCAGACAAAAAGUUCAACCACCUUGGCUUUGCUCGUAUGCAAGACCUGCUCGACUUUCCGCUGCCUGACAAGUUACGGGAGAUCACCUAUGUUGCCAACUGUACGAACUUUAGGCGCCUACUUCUCAACAAGUAUGGAAAGCCUAAUAUGAACAUCGAUCAAGAAAUCAAAAGCAACCCGGAUACAAUGCUGACCUAUCUCGGCUACCGGAAGUUCCUUGAGUCAGACCUGAAAUACAUUUUCGCGCUCGGUGAGGAUCGCGGCAGCAACCAGUAUAAGAGGGAUGUGAAGUAUGUUGCAAAGGAAAUGCUGAUCAGAGGAUAUGCAUUUGCUGGUGCGAUUAAAGAUGCGUUUCCAAACCAUCUAAGACUGUCCAUACACGAAUCCAUCGGAGAACACAAGGUUUCGUUUAGCCUCCUGAACACCAACACAGGCUACACUACACCAUGGCAUUGUAGUGUCGCCCAACUUGCCGAUGUCAUGGGUGAGCGCACCUAUGGCGAGUUUCAGAAGGAUCCUCGUUUAGAUUGUGUACGAAGAAGGUCGGCAAGCUACUUCAAGGAAAAGUUCGACAUUACAGGCAAUUUCAGCAUCUGCAAACAAACUGCCGAUUAUUUGCAUACCCACAAGCGAUUCGACGGCAGGCUAAGUGGACAUUCAUCGCCCAGUAUGACAUCAGCAGGUAGCGGGCGCACAACCCCCAUCAAGGCCUCCGAACCUACGUCUGAUGGCUCAUCUAGAUCAUGA